CGGGGGGGGCGACAAGAGGCGCUGGCGGGGCCCUCGAGCUGGGAACAGAGAGCCGCGGGGGGUGGAAGGAACUUCUUCCAGAACCUUCCUUUGGCCCGAGCUGCGCUUUGAGCCAGCUACCAAAGUCUCUUCUAAAACCUCGGAGAGAAAGGAGAGACGGGCCCAGUGGGGGUAGGACCCCCACCCCGGCACUGCUUCUGUCUCUCAGACCUCGGCCAGAACAGAUCCUCCCCAGCAGCGGGGACGAUUUUCGGGGAGCCUCCGCCUCGCACACACGCUCCCCUCGGGGGUGGGGGAGAGCGCUCAGCUCCCGCUGUGGUCCUCCCCAGCAGAUACCGCAUUCAUAUUCGGAGGAGACGACCCCCUGGUCGCCGCGGGAUGGAAGCGCGCGUCCGGGAGGCCCUGUAACUGGAGCCGCGGGAGUCAGAGAGCUAGAGAGCGCGGCGCGCUACCCCCGGCUCAGCCCGUGGAUGUUGACCGCCCCCUCGGAGAGUCCCCGCAGACAUGGCGGAGAGCUGGCUUCGCCUCUCGGGUGCAGGGGCGACGGAGGAGGCCGGGCCAGAGGGCUGUCUGGAGGAGCCCGAUGCCCUGGAUGACAGCCUGACCAGCCUGCAGUGGCUGCAGGAAUUCUCCAUUCUCAACGCCAAGGCCCCCGCCCUGCCGCCGGGGGGCACCGACCCCCACGGCUACCACCAGGUGCCAGGCUCGGCCGCGCCGGGGUCCCCCCUGGCGGCCGAUCCAGCCUGCCUGGGGCAGCCGCACACUCCUGGUAAGCCCACAUCGUCGUGCACGUCGCGGAGCGCGCCCCCGGGGUUGCAGGCCCCGCCCCCCGACGACGUGGAUUACGCCACCAACCCGAAUGUGAAGCCACCUUACUCUUACGCCACGCUCAUCUGCAUGGCCAUGCAGGCCAGCAAGGCCACCAAGAUCACCCUGUCGGCCAUCUACAAGUGGAUCACGGACAACUUCUGCUACUUCCGCCACGCUGAUCCCACCUGGCAGAAUUCCAUCCGCCACAACCUCUCCCUGAACAAGUGCUUCAUCAAAGUACCCCGGGAGAAGGACGAGCCGGGCAAGGGGGGCUUCUGGCGCAUCGACCCCCAGUACGCCGAGCGGCUGCUCAGCGGGGCCUUCAAGAAGCGGCGUCUGCCCCCGGUCCACAUCCACCCGGCCUUUGCCCGCCAGGCCUCGCAGGAGCCCCGCGCCGCCCCGUGGGCCGGGCCGCUGACCGUCAACACCGAGGCCCAGCAGCUGCUGCGGGAGUUCGAGGAGGCCACGGGGGAGGCGGGCUGGGGGGCGGGCGAGGGCAGGCUCGGCCAUAAGCGCAAACAGCCGCUGCCCAAGCGGGUGGCCAAGGUCCCGCGGGCCCCCAGCACCCUGCUGCUGACCCAGGAGGAGCAGGGCGAGCUGGAGCCCCUCAAAGGCAACUUUGACUGGGAGGCGAUCUUCGAGGCCGGCGCCCUGGGCGGCGAGCUGGGCGCGCUGGAGGCCUUGGAGCUGAGCCCGCCGCUGAGCCCCGCCUCGCACGGGGACGUGGACCUCACCGUCCACGGCCGCCACAUCGACUGCCCCGCCACCUGGGGGCCUCCGGGGGAGCAGGCCGCCGACAGCCUGGACUUCGACGAGACCUUCCUGGCCACGUCCUUCCUGCAGCACCCCUGGGACGAGAGCGGCAGUGGCUGCCUGCCCCCGGAGCCCCUCUUCGAGGCCGGGGACGCCACCCUGGCGGCCGACCUGCAGGACUGGGCCAGCGUGGGCGCCUUCUUGUAAGAGGCCGGGCCCCGCCCCACCUCCGGACAGUGCCCAGGUCAGGGCCCAGACUGCCCCCCAGCACAGGCCCCUGGGGACACCCUACUGCCCCGGCGGGGGCUGGGCCAGGUCUCCCGAGGCUGGCCCCACGAGGCCCCACGGCCCCCAGCCUGGGCUGCCCUCAGAUUCUGGCCCCGGAGGCUGAGAACAGGGGAGGGGGGGACCCAGGUCCAGAAUUGCUGCCUCCCCGGCCCCCCUCUCGCCCCCCCCAUACACACAGUGUUUCAUGGCUCCUCCUCUCGCCAGCCCCCGGCAAAGGGCUCAGGGCCCUGCCCUGUGGGAGCUGCACCUGGAGGGGACCUGGCCAAGCUGGGGAGCAACAGUACAGGGCCCGCCCCAGGGCACCUCAGCUUCGACGCCUCUCCCUCUCCCGCUGUCCUCCCCAGGUCUCUAUCCAGAGAAAGUUCCCAGGUACAACAAAUGCUAAUUAGGUGACAGCAAAUUAACCCCCUGGAGGCCU